AUGGAUGACACGCCCCGCUUGAGUCCGCUCAAGCGGAUGAAAAAUGCCAUCAAUAAGAAACGAGACCAAGCCGCUGAUAAGAACGUUUCCUCCUUGCUAGAUGCGCCGCAAUUGAAUCUCCCACGUGUCGAAACGAGAUUAGAUAUGCACAAGACGAACGGCCUAUUUGAUCCGCUUACGCCAGCGCCAGACCGUCGCGUUGUUUCGAAUCCAGGGGUAGAUAUAGACGAUGGGAUACCGCAGCCGACUCUCGAUGCUGCGCCAGAAUGGACGUCUGCUGUCGGCCACGCCAGCACCGGCAAGUCGGGCCGUGUUAUUCACAACCUGCAGGAAGAUAUUGCGCGGCUGAAAAGAGAUCUGAGUGUUUAUCGAUCGCGGGCUGAGGAAGCCCAACACACAAACGAGACCCUGAAGGAACAAAUAAUCAAUAUCGGCGAGCGGUUGCGGAAUUCAGAGCAGUCCAAUGAAACGAACCUAGCGUCUAUUGCUCGCAAAGACCGCAAGAUCGAGGACCUGCGCACUGAGGUACAGAAUGAAAAGGCGAGGCGUGUGAGGGCAGAGGCGGAGACGUCAAAGGUCAAUCAGUUGAUGUCAGAGGAACAAGACGAGUUUCAUCGCAAAUGCGCGGAGCUGCAGGAGUCGGCGAAUCAUUACACAGCGCAGUACGAAGUUCUAUCCAAGUCUUCGUUGAGAGAAAGGGCCGACACGCAGCGGAAAUUGAAGGGACUCCGCGACGACCUGCUGGCGCUUCGCAGCCAGGCAGAGAAGAAAGACAGGGAGCAGGAGAGGCUGGACGCGCUAAUAGACCGACAAAACCAGGAGCUCGAAGCCGAACGAAAACGUAUUCAAGAGAUAUUCAACGCGUAUGACUCGUACAAGACCACUCGGGACCGAGAGCUCGAGGAUUUGAUCAAGAAGGGGCGCAACAACCAAGCGACUGUGGACGCUGCUGUCGCGUCGCUGAAGGAGGCAGAGGAUAAAAUGAAAUGGGUCAUGAAUAUCAAGAAAAACAUCGAAUGGUCAGAAUAG